UUUUACUUCCGCUGCACAGUCACAGCUACGGUGUUCCCCCAUAUAGCAAUAGCAACUUUAGCAAAGUUUUUGCUGUUUUUUUCCUACCUCUGAACGCGUUUUUGUGAAUUAAUUCUCUUUUUUAAAAAGUGUAGAGCCUCCUCUCGGACAGGAUGGGGGUGCCUAAGUUUUACCGCUGGAUUUCAGAGCGCUAUCCGUGUCUGAGUGAAGUGGUGAAGGAGCAGCAGAUUCCAGAGUUUGACAAUCUUUACCUAGACAUGAACGGCAUCAUCCACCAGUGCUCGCACCCCAACGACGAGGACGUACACUUCCGCAUCACGGAGGAGAAGAUCUUCGCCGACAUCUUCCACUAUCUAGAGGUGCUGUUCCGCAUCAUCAAGCCCAGGAAGGUCUUCUUCAUGGCGGUGGACGGAGUCGCUCCCAGAGCCAAAAUGAACCAGCAGCGCGGCAGAAGAUUCAGGUCUGCGAAAGAAGCAGAGGACAAAAUAAAGAAAGCUUUGGAGAAGGGCGAAGUUUUACCCACAGAGGCCAGAUUCGACUCUAACUGCAUCACUCCGGGAACGGAGUUCAUGGCCAGGCUGCAUGAGCAGCUGAAAUAUUUUGUGCACAAUAAGCUCUCCACAGACCGGAUGUGGCAGGGGGUCCGGGUGUAUUUAUCCGGUCAUGAGACUCCUGGAGAAGGAGAGCAUAAGAUAAUGGAGUUUAUUCGCUCAGAAAUCGCCAGACCAGGCCACGACCCCAACACACGACACUGCCUGUACGGCCUGGACGCUGACCUGAUCAUGCUUGGUCUUACCAGCCAUGAGCCUCACUUCUCUCUUCUCCGAGAAGAGGUACGCUUCGGGGGGAAAAAGUCUCAGAAGAGAAUAACAGCUCCAGAGGAGACGACCUUCCACCUGCUCCAUCUCUCCCUCAUGAGGGAGUACAUCGACUACGAGUUCUCGGCUCUGAGGGAUAAGAUCUCGUUUGAGUACGACCUUGAGCGGAUCAUAGACGACUGGAUCUUGAUGGGCUUUUUGGUGGGAAACGACUUCAUCCCCCACCUCCCCCACCUGCACAUCAACCACGACGCCCUGCCGCUGCUCUACCGCACCUACAUCAGCGUCCUGCCCACUCUGGGGGGAUACUUGAAUGAAAACGGCAAUCUUAACCUGGCUCGCUUCGAGAAGUAUCUGGAGAAGCUGUCUGAGUUUGAUCGGGAGCACUUCAGCGAGGUGUUUGUGGAUCUGAAGUGGUUCGAGAGUAAAGUGGGCAAUAAAUAUCUGAACGAAGCAGCCGGCCUGGCAGCGGAGGAGGCCGUGAGCAAGAACGGCAGGAAGAGCAAGUCGUUUGAAGAUUCUCUCUGUCUGGCUGCUCUGGAUGGAGGCAAAGACUCUCGCUGUGCUUCAGGCAGAGCAGCUGAAGCAGCCGAGGAGGACGGAGAGGACGAGGACAUGUUCGAAGCGGAGUUCCGACAGUAUAAGAGGACGUACUACAUGACCAAGAUGGGUGUGGAGGUCGUCUCGGAUGAGUUUUUGGCCAGCCAGGCUCGCUGCUAUGUGGAAGGUAUUCAGUGGAUCCUCCAUUACUACUACCAUGGAGUCCAGUCAUGGAGCUGGUAUUACCCAUACCACUACGCCCCCUUCCUGUCGGACGUGAGAAACGUUGCUGGGUUGAAGUUGACCUUUGACCUAGGGAAGCCCUUCAUGCCGUUUGAGCAGCUCCUCGGCGUCCUGCCCGCAGCCAGCAAAGACCUGCUCCCCAAGUGUUACCAGCAUCUGAUGACGUCCCAGAGUUCCUCCAUCAUCGAGUACUAUCCGCUGGACUUCAAAACGGACCUGAAUGGGAAGCAGCAGGAGUGGGAGGCGGUGGUGCUCAUCCCCUUCAUCGACGAGAAACGGCUGCUGGCAGCCAUGGAGCCAUGCACAGAUCUUUUGAGUAAAUCAGAGAAAAGCAGAAACAGACACACAGAGUGUUCACUGUACUGCUACGAUAAACAGCUGGAUUAUCCCUACAGCUCACCACUGCCUGACGUCUUCCCCAACAUCGUGCACUGCCACACCAAGGUGACCCCCAUUCCUAUGGACGCCUGGCGGGUUUCUCUGGACUAUGUCAGCCGCAAGGUUGACCGCAGCUCACUGUAUUUCUGUGGCUUUCCCACGCUGCAGCACAUCCGCCAUAAAUUCUAUAAGAAGAAGAACGGCGUGAUGGUGUUCCAACAGAGCAGCCGAGGAGAGAACACGAUGCUGGAGAUUUUACCCUGCCAGCAGGGGGUGCCGAUGGUGGAGGACGUAGCGGCGCUGGUUUUGGGGAAAUCUGUGUUUGUGAGCUGGCCUCAUCUGGUGGAGGCGCGAGUGGUGGCUGUUUCUGAUGGAGAGACAAAAUUUUUCCUAGAGGAGCCGCCUGGUGUGCAGAAGCUGUAUGUGGACAGCACUCCUCCUCCUGUUAAAGUGCAGUAUUUGAGUGAUAAAGAGCAGAAGGAUUGGGUGAAGGAGGUGCAGGGCCUCACAGAAUACCACAAUAAGCGUAAAGGUGUCGUAAUCAACGAGACGGACAUCCUGCUGUACACUCAGCAGCUGACCGGCAGGAAGUAUACGAUCAGUCAGAAUGGCAGUGUCCUUCUGGAGAAGCAGUGGGCCAAACAGGUUCUGCCGUUCCCAUACCAAACCAUUGUGAAGGACAUCAAGGCCUUCGACUCCUCUCUGGCUCGUUUCAAAACCCUAGAGGAGCUGUUUCCUGUGGCAUCUACUGUGUUUAUGGUGGGGAACCCAUAUUACGGAGCCAUGGGAGAGGUGCAAGAUUCCAGUGAUGUCAUCAACGAGGGACGAGUCCGGGUGGUCUUCACCAUGCCGUGUGAACCUCAACUCGAUGCCUUAAUUCAGAACCAGCAUAAAUACUCCGUGAAGUACAGCCCCGGAUACGUCCUCGCCUCCCGCCUCGGCAUCACCAGCUACCUGGUCUCCAGGUUCUCUGGCAGCAUUUUCAUUGGCAGAGGCUCCAAGAAAAAUCCUCAUGGAGAGCAGAGGGCAAACGUGGGUCUGAAUCUGAAGUUCAACAAGAAGAACGAGGAGGUUCCCGGCUACACCAAGCGAACGGAGAAGGAGUGGCUGUACUCGGCCGCUGUGGAGGAGCUGCUGGCUGAGUAUCUGGAGAGAUUUUCUGAGGUGUUUGACUUCGUGUCCAGAAACAGCCAUGAUGACGUCUUCUACGAGGAUGAUAUCUGGCCUGGAGAGGAUGAGAACGGAGCGGAGAAGGUUCAGGAGAUUCAGGCCUGGCUGAAAACUCAUCCCGUCAGCUCCUCCUCCAGAGCGUCAUGUGACCUGCAGAUCCUGGAUGCAGGCAUUGUGGAGAAGAUCGAGGAAGAGCUGGAGAAAUGCAAGGCAAAGAAGAGCAGCAAGAAAGUCAGAGUCACCGUGAAGCCUCAUCUGCUGUUCAGGCCGUUGGAGCAACAGCACGGUGUCGUUCCUGACCCGGACGCUGAGUAUCACCUGUUUGACCGAGUCGUCAACGUCAGAGAGAGUUUCUCUGUUCCACUCGGCCUCAGAGGGACGAUAAUCGGCAUCAAAGGAGCUGAGCGAGAUGCAGAAGUGCUAUAUGAAGUUCUGUUUGAUGAGGAGUUUGCAGGAGGACUCACUCUCAGGUGCUCUCCAGGGCGGGGCUACAGGCUGCCCCCGUGUGCCUUAAUAAACCUGAGUCACGGAAGCCGUCAGGAGCAGAGCUCCCACAAACUCACUGCCAUCGUCAAACCCCAACCCACCUCCACUCAGCGCACCCACAGGAACCAGCUGGAGGGCCUAAAUCACUCUCCCCGUUCACCGUUCAUACCUGCACAGCAGAACGGCCGGCAAAGUUUGGCUCUCAGGGCGUCCGACACUCAGGGAAACAGAAACUCUCCUUAUAAAGCCCUCAACCAGAAACACACACACAAGGGCUCUGGUAAGGAGGAGGAUUUCAGUAAUGUCUGGCAGUCUCUGCAGAGUUCAGGGCUCCCUCAGAAACCACCAGCUCACUGGCAGAACCACGCUAAAGGCUCAGCUGGACAGCAGAAGCAGAAUGAAGGCCAGCAGCAGAGCCAAAACCCAGACAGCAAACCUGGUCCGGUUGGCAACAUUAGACUUCUGAAGAGGAGUGAAGAUCUAAACGCUGUUUUGCCACAAAAGCCUUCAAACCAGGUCAGUUCGGAGUUUGAGGAGCUGAUAGCGAGUCUGAAGAUCUCUAAGGAACCAGAACCUGCCCAGAAGGAGCCCAGAGAGCAGACAGGAGAGCCGCUUUCUCCUCAGUCCUUUGCACAGAGGGGAACUCUGAUGCUGAAGGAGAUGCUGAAGAUUGACGGUUCAGGAACUGCUGGCCCCGCCCUUGACUCCGCCCCUCUCAACACAGCCCAGAAUUCCAGCUACCCCGGCGUCCAGCAGCAGGGUAGGAGACGAUCCUCUAAAAAACUGGCCGCAAGGAUGAACACCCCCCAGGGCGAAGCCCCCGGCCCCCCACUCGCAGCACAGCCACCACUGCUGCCCAGCAUGGCCGCUGACCUGGGUCGAGUCUGCGCAGGGCUAAACAUGGGUCCUCCAGAGUUCACCUUCCUGCGCAACAGACAGGGUCUGAUGGUGUGUCAGGUGAAGCUGUCCAAUGGCCUCCUUGUGCACGGCCCUCAGUGCCAGUCUGAAUGUGAAGCCAAAGAGAAAGCGGCGCUCUUUGCCCUUCAGCGCCUGACGUCUGUGGGCUCUUUCCCUCUUCCUCCUGCGCUCUUCUCUGGAAUGCAGCCCAUGAGGCCGAUGGCUCCUCAUCCCUCCAUGUUCGCGCAGCCUGGAGGUGGUCUUUUGAUGCCCCCUCAAGGCUAUGGUCCUCUGCCCUGGGGUAUGCAGCUCGCCCCGCAGGCGGCGCAGCCUUUCUAUGGAGGAACGUUCCCUGGAGCACGAGCCCCCCCGCCCACCGCCCCCAUCGGCUCGCACAACCAGUUCAUCCCCCUACAGGUGACUAAGAAGCGAAUUUCGGUCCGAAAGAACCAGGAAGUAAAGCAGGAGUGCGCGAACGCCACCCGUUCCCAAGGCAACGAAACAUCCUAUUCAGCCUCAGCAGUCCCCCAGACCGCCCCCAAAAGCCCCCCGCCCACCAGCACCCAGGAUUCUGCAGAUAAGCCCACACCCACCACCCCGAAAACGCCCCGACAAAACCCCGCCCCCCACACGCCGGGCUCCGCCUCCAAGCGCAAACAGAGAAAACUUGCCGUCAACUUCGAGGCGGCCAAAGUGACGGACUGAGACCCUUUACAGCGCCGUCUGUCUCUUUAUACGUCUAUCUGAUGUUUUAUUAUUGAUAUUUUCCUUUUUUAGAUAUGAUCGUAAUUCAAAUUUGGGUGAAAAAACAAACUUAAACUCUUUAAAACACAAAAAAAGAUAGAGAAAGAGAAACACAGAAUUCUGUGUUUCCAUCAUGGUUGUAAGACAGAUUGUAUAAAGGCUGUUUAGCUUUUUGGUUGGCUGGAGUCCAGUGGUGAAGCAAUUCAAGUCUUUUAAGCUUAAUUUCUUUAUUUUCGGCACAGAAAAUGAUCACGUCGGAUGAUUUUACAUUCGCUUCGGGAGCGUUUAGUUUCGUCCAGUACCAAAAAGCACUUUUAUUCAAAUCACCGCUUAUUUUACAGUGCUGGCUUUUUAAACAUUUCAUCGUUAAUACUAAUUUUUUGUAACUAAACAGUGAAAAACAUGUAUCUACAUAAUUUGACACACAGAUAUUUGAUACUCCAGUUUAUUUUGAAUUAUAAUUAUUAUUAUUGCGCAUAGAGUAGUGUUACGUUCCGGCACGGUACUCACACCUGAUUCAAGAAAUUAGUUUAUUAUGUUAGUAAACAUGUACAAAAGCCCCAUUUCCCACAUAUUGACUGGUGACUUCUGUUUUUGUACUGAAACUAUAGCCUGGGAUUAAAGGAAUAUUCCAGUAUUUUUCCACCUGAUGUCUAUCAGGAUGCAUCUUUAGUGUAUGGUUACAUUACCAUAUAUUAAUUUCAAGACUUGCUUAUAAUAGAAGCCACAGGGCAGUUAAAGUAUCAGUUUUCAGCACCUGCUUCAGCGUCUGCCCAUGGACUUCUAUUGUAAGCGCCGUUUGAGUCGAAAAGUUUUCUGCUCUAUUCUAAGUUCAGAACAACAGAUCAAAAAUAUUCUCCAUGGUGAUCAACAGUGCGCUAAAGACACAGCAAAUAGAGAUAAUGUUGAAAAAUACUGAAGUGGUCCUUUAACCUAGAUAAACCCCGAGACAGACUGGUCUAACAGGUUUCCUCAGUCUGAGUUCAGUUUCCCAAAGGCACUGUAGCACAGCGUAGUUGUGAGAGUCUGAAUGGGCUCACGUUUAAGUUCGUUUUAACACUGUUCUGCUUUUAGGCUCCAUUUCUGUUGCUGAUUCGCUGCCUGCGUUCGUCUACAGGACAUUUGGAUCUUGUCCAUGGGUCAAAGUCACAGUCAGGCAGUUUUUCUUUAACUCCUUUCACUUAUUCUUUCAGUGGAAGAGCUUAAGUUCAGUUUUUAAAAUGAACUUUGCAUAUUUAAAUCCAUGGAUUUUAUGUACUGCCAUUUUAAAAAUGGAUUGAUUUUCAAAUUCUGAUUCACAAUUUCAGCCCCUUUUCUGCUGUAAAGCUUCUGUCCCCUUCUGUUUUGUGCUAAAUUGUCACCACGCGUCCUCCAGUGUCCGUUUUAAUGUUGGAAGUAAAGUUGUGUGCAGUGUUAUUUUGAAAUGAACUCGGUAGCUAAUUUAAAGACGUUUAAAGUACCAAAAAAAUUCACAAAUGAAAACUGCGCCUCCCGGUUCGGGACGUGCUGUAAAUAGACAUUUAAUAAAACUUUUGUUAUCAUGUCUU